CGCUGGUGAAAGGUGCCGGUCGCUCCGCUCAGUUCCAUCAGCUGCAGCUGUACAGACACGAGAUGCAGCACUUUGUGAAGGUGAUCCAGGGCUACAUCGCUAACCAGAUCCUUCAGGUGUCCUGGAGCGAGUUCACACACAAACUGAGCAGUGCCAACGACCUGGACGCCAUUCACCGCACACACGCCGAAUACCUCAACAGAGCCAUCUUCAGGGGUUUGCUGACGGAGAAAGCCGCCCCCGUCAUGAACAUCAUCCACAGCAUCUUUAGUCUGAUCCUGAAGUUCCGCGGGCAGCUGAUCGCGCAGCCGUGGGAGCUCCAGCAGGGGGAGCCGGUGCAUCCCAGUUUCAUUGCCAUGCAGCAGUCCUACAACACCUUCAAAUACUACUCCCGCUUCCUGUUCAAAGGUGAGCUGCUUCUACAG